GUGAUGGUUCCCAUGGCAACAGAAAGAAAAGGCUUGUGCUGGCCGAGGCAAGUCUUUAGAAAACAUACUCCUGAGUCUCCUGAGACAAUGUGCCCAAACACACCUCAGCCCCACUGGAACAACUCCCACUAUAUAACCACAUACCAGCAGCAGUUUACAGGUAGUGUACCUGGUGGCCCUCUGAAACUGGACAGCCUCCCUGACAAGACAGUUGCUACGGGGAUGGGAGAACUGAGGCCAUAUGCAGUGCAGAUGAUGGAGCCGCCCCCCUGGGUCCUAGUGCCCUCCAUCCCACCGGCUGAGAGAUCUCUGGGAAGCCAUGCUCCUCUCAUCAGAGAACACGCCAGGGCUCCGCCUUCCACAGAGACUCUUCAGCCAAUGAGCUCGAAGGACAUGGACUGUACAGCCAAUGAGGACAUGGAUGGGAAGGCCCUGCCCACCUCAAGAACCAAUAGCAGGGGAAGACUGGAGCUGAGGGAGGGGCUAAUCUCCGUAUUAGCCACCUCCCACACAGACACACGUCCACACACACAACACACCCCCCCACACACACGCCCCCCAACACACAGACUGGGGCAGAACAGGGGGCCCCUGUCAUGGUUGGAUCUGCAGAACUCCUUCAGCAGAACUGAAGCCCACCUCCGGUUUCACCAGUCCAACCACUCUGAGCACGUUGACCUGCGCGAGAACAAUUGCUCUGGACGCAAGCACGCAUUCUACGGUGUCAAUGCAUACUACCUCCACUGAAACAGAGCCGGGCCAAAGACUGACUGUUCCAAGCGCCUUGAGUUCCCCAUGGGUUACAUGCCUAGAACCUGGCAAAACUGUGUCACACAUCACACACACACACACACCACAC